CUACCACCCACCUCAACGACUUCAACCUGAUCAAUGCAGUUAGGGCUGUUUAUUCCGUUUAUUCUCUUCGGUUCUAUUUGUCAAACUUUUUAAGUUGUGUUCCAAAAAAGUUAUUUUUAAUUAUAUAACAUAAUUAUACAAUAAACUCAAUAAUAGCUUGUUUGAACAGUGUUUCAAAAAAAUAGAAUCCGCUGAAGCCAUAGCAUUUUGAAGAAUCAAGUUGCAUUCCAGUUAUUCCAGUUCCGCUCAUUGCCGCACCGCAGUGUUCACCGUGGUUCACCUUUCACUUUCCGUCAGAGGAAGAAAAAAACAAGUUACACACCCACAAAACUGUUCUACGUGAUAUUGAGGAGACUGCUGUUGACGUGGUAAAGUGGCAAAAUUUAUCAGUCCCGAAGAGAUUCGCAUUCGAAUUCAGCUGCUUGAGAUAGCUACGCGUGUGUUCACAUUUGCGAACGAACAUCAUCAUCAUGAUGCGACUGCUGCAGACGAAAACAAUCCCGGUUGUGGGCAGUCCUAUGCUGCGGAGAAUGCUCACCGCGGUCAGCAAUCCUAACCUUCCGGCUUUACCCCUGCCGAAGCUGGCCGACACCAUGAAUAAACUGCUCGUCACUAUCGAACCACACGUCACCAAGGAUGGCUAUCAGCGCAGCAAGUCGGCGGUCGAGAAGUUCCUGGCCCCCGGAGGGGACGGUGCCAAGCUGCAGAAGCUGCUGGAGGAGCAUGCUUCUCGCAAAAAGAACUGGCUUUCGGACUGGUGGUUGCAAUCAGCUUAUCUGCAGUAUCGCGACCCUGUGAUUAUCUACUCAAGCCCGGGACUGGUGUUCCCCAAGUUGAAGUAUGUCAAGGUAGAAGACCAGUUGAAGACUGCCGCCAGGAUAACGUUCGGGGCCUUGCUGUACAAAAGGAUGAUCGACCGGGGUCAAAUGCGGCCCGAAAUGAUGGGAAAGGCUCCAUUGGACAUGCAACAGUACAAUAAGAUCUUCGGAACGUGCAGAGUACCUGGAUUGCCUGCGGAUUCACUGCAGUUCCACCCGGAUUCGACGCACAUCGUAGUUGCGUCAAACAAUCAGUUCUUCAAGGUUGAGGUGGGAAAUUCCGACAACAUUUUCGGUGAGGAUAAAAUACUGACAAUGCUCCGCCAAUGCUACGACAUGUCGCGUCAAAAAGCCGAACCGAUUGGGAUGCUGUCUGCUCUACCUAGAGACAGUUGGCACGAAGCCUACGAAGUGUUAAUCGCCGAUCCAACCAACAAGGAAACAAUCAAAACUAUUCAAAGUUCAUUAUUUGUAUUGUCGUUAGACUACACUAUCGGAAACCCCUCGGGGGAUGACGCCGUAGAUGCUUGCCAUAUGUUGAUUCACGGAGGGGGAUCAAACGCCAACUCCGGCAAUCGCUGGUACGAUAAAACCCUCCAACUUGUGGUUGGUCCGAAUGGCGUCAACGGUCUCACCUAUGAACAUUCUCCCGCAGAAGGACAACCAAUUGCGGUACUGACAGACUUCAUCAUCAAUCAUAUCGCUAAGGGCGAUCAAGAUGGAUCGGUUCGUGAGGCCCCAGUCCCUUCAAAGCUCGCUUUCAACCUGUCUCCAAAAGCACACGAACUUCUUCAGAAAGCCUCCGCAAGCCACGACAAGCUGAUCAAGGACUUAGAUAUGAACUACCUACACUAUACCGGAUAUGGCAAGAACUUCAUCAAAACCCAGAAGAUGAGUCCGGACAGUUUCAUCCAAAUGGCAAUCCAGUAUGCUUUCUACAAGCUCCAUCGUACCCCCGGUGCCCACUACGAGUCCGCCCAGACUCGACUGUACGAAGGUGGUCGAACGGAAACCAUUCGAUCCUGUUCGAACGAAUCCAUUGCGUUCGCCCAAACCAUGCUGGAACCGUUCCGCAGCAAUCGGGAGAAAGCGUCGAAGCUCAAAUCCGCUGUCGACUCACACAAGCAGUACGCUUCGAAGGCGGUUCAAGGUUUUGGUGUUGAUCGCCACCUGCUCGGUCUGAAACUGAUUGCCAAGGAAAAUAACAUACCGCUGCCGGAGCUGUUCAAGGAUGAGGGUCUGCUGGCCAGUCAGCACAUGCGUUUGUCGACCAGUCAAGUGGCCUCCCGAUACGAUGCCUUCAUGUGCUACGGUCCAUUGACCGGUGAUGGGUACGGCUGCUGCUACAAUCCCAAGGACAACGACAUGUGGUUCGGCAUUUCCUCGUGGAAAUCCAAUCCGAUUACGGAUUCGACGGCAUUCCGGAACUGUCUGCAGCAGGCCCUGGACGAGAUGUUUCAGGUGCUGAGUGCGUCCAGUGUACCGAGUAGCAAGCUGUAGGGGGAGUUAUUGCGGAUUGUUAUGUGUGGAAUAUGUUGACUGAUUAUAGGUUCUGCUGUAUCGCUUAAUUCCAACCAUCAAGAGUGCGAAUGUCAGUACAACGAAUAGCGAAAACAAUAUUCAACUGAGAACCGAUUACCGAAUAGACGCCGGCGCCAUCGUUGAAGGCCACGAACACGCUGCUUGCAUGCAGUGGAAUAGAGCUUAGGGACACUUAACGUUCAAGAAAACUGGAGGAACAUCGCCCAAGAACGAUGAUAAUGGAGCUCUACAAUACCCCCAGUUGAGUUAGGUAGUAUCGUCUCGUAAGGAAAUAUUUCACAAUCCAAUAUGCCUGAACAUGAAACUCGCCAUACUUAACACAAAAAAUAGACAAAAUAGUUUAUUUCACAUCCUGCAGUAAGGUUUUUUAAAACGUCACAAUAGAUACAUCAAUUGUAAUGUAACGCCCUGUCAUUCCGAACGAACCGAGCACAAUACCGAAUGAAAGGGAAAACCCGACGUAUUCUCAAAAGUGGUUCCUAUAUAUCUAUGGCGUACUUUAUGCAGUCUUUGUAUUCGUUAGUUUGUGUCUUACUUAGGUGCUUUGACUUAACCAACAGGACCUGCCAAUGAGUCAGCCAAAAAAUACAUCAGGGCCAACUAGAAAUCACUUCUUUUCGGCACUGUACCUAAGAACCCUGCGCCUUCAUCUCUACCAUUAUGUCUUUGUGAAACGUUUGAGCUUUCACUCGUUUGAUGUAUUUUCUUUUACAAUUAAUAUGUAUGUAUGUAGGUAAAUUAGUUAAAAACUAGUAUUUUUUUGUUAAAUAUUUGUUUUUUUUGUAUGAUAUAACAUAUAGACUUUUUUUCACAGUAAGACAACAAUAUAACAAAAUCAUUAAAUGUAAUAACUAAUCCUAGAAAUAUGUUCGCUAAUAUAUACUCCUGGGCUCAUUUCGGUUUUCUAUUGUUUAUUCCCUGAAUAGGGUGCUGCCUUCCACUAUAAUGUGGAAGGCUGUACUCUGUAACAGAUAUUCCUCAGGUUCUCUAUCUCUCUAAGAAACUGUGUCCCACGAAAAGUUCAACAAGUUGCACAACAUCUACUACUAGUUUUGUUCAGGUUAUCUCUGUGUGCUGCUGGAGUGUACUUGAUAGUUUGAUGCCUUCUUUCUAUUGUUCUUAUCACACUGUUUCCCAGUUUUUAGUAUGUAUUGAACUACAUAAGUAAAUAUGUGUUUGUCUAAUUGUGUUUUUCCCUAAAUUCUGAAUGGCAGUCUGUGUAGUAUGGGUAAUGUUUUCGCUUCAACUGGUUUCACACGUUCAAAGCUAACAUUUCUAUCAGGCCUGGUUAGACGAAUGAUUUCUAACAUAUUAUUCUCGAAAAACAUCAGUCAAUCAAAUACUUGUAAUAAACAUUUAUAAGGCUUUCUGGACACUAGGAUAAGGCUUUUUUUCCUAUCAACCUGCUGACUUCUUCAUAUAAUACGUAUCCGCUUUUGAUGAGAGAUGAAAUCUUGUAAAAUCCAGAUAGAAGAAAAGUAUAUGAUGUUCAAAAUGUUUAACAAUCGGUGCUAUGUAUGACUUUAUUAGGCAAGCUAAAAGCUUGACAUCGACUAGAAAGUAUAAUGCUUAGGCUACUGACAUAAUUUAGAUGAACAAUGAGUUACACUAAACUUCUAAACAAUGUCAAAAUCAAUGAUAGCUGCAUUGCGCUGUGCAAUCAGAUGUUGUUGCAUUUUUCGAACGAGCAUUUUAUAAAAUCGAACAUGGACUUUGCUUAAAAUCUGAAUCAAUACAGACAGGGCAUACAGUUUUUCUUUUCGAAUUUCUUUUUCAUACAAGCAAUUGUCAAGAUCAAAAAUACUUCUCCGGUUUGUAGCCUUAAAGUUUAGUUCAGGACAUGACGGCUAAGAAUAAAAAACGUAUUUUAUUAUAGCGAAUGUGCAGUAAACAUUAACGCUUAAGGCAAUUAUGCCAGCAUAAAAAAUGAGGAAUAGAAUAGUAAAACAAAAGGAUACCUGUUUCGAGGGCAAAAAUGAAUCAAUCAAUGCUCUCACAACUCACAUCAUCGUUAGAGUUGCCUUUGGCUGACAAACAAAACGCUACACAACGAAGUAUUUAUAGUAUUGAUGUAUAAUACCGGAUCAUAACAAGAUAAUAGUACCGAUUGAUAAAACAGUUUUUUAAUGUGCAAUUUAUCGAAGAAACACUGAGAGAAAUAGUAUCCUGAAUAUUGACAGAAUUACAAUACAUACUUUUAGUAUAUAAAAAUUUCGUUUAACGUUAUUUAGUACCGUGAUCAUCUACGUUUUUGUUCUAUUUUCAUAUAAAUUGUUUUGCCUAAGAAUGUUGAUUCAACAAAUAUAUAUCUUGAUCUUCGUGUGCAAAAUAUUGCACAGAAUUUACGAAAGUUUUGAAAAUUUUCCUCCUUUUUCCUAAACGACUUAAAAUGUUUCGACAUUCGAUUUCCAAAAGUAUUGUGGAUCGCUCCGAUUUUCAUCCUUAAAAACCUACCCAAACUCGUUUUACUUACCAACUUCGAUGCCUCCCACCGGUGGUUGAAAGCCGUUUCUCACCAGGAAGUAGCCAUCCGUUAGAUGUCGGAAAUAGCCUUCCCCCCAUAGGCAGGAGCGUACACGGUGAGUAGCGGGUGUGGCGCGCACAGUCGCUGGAUGACGAUAAACGGGAAGCCUAGUAGUCUCGCCGACUGACUGGUGGCAGCAAGGGGCGAAAUGCUGAUCUUCUGGCAAAUCGCCUUUGGUUAGUGCCGUCACCGUUAGCGACCGGUCGUCGUCCGUCCACGCCUACCACAACGUGUUGUUUAAGGAAGGUCCCACGUCGACUAGACUGUUGUGAAAAAAAGAAGAUAAAUCGUUUGCCUGUUAGUGCCAUGCCGGAAGCGAUAUGAAUUGUAGCAAAUGAUACUAUUAAUAUAAAUAAAGUGAAAUAUUAAGUUAGGCGAUAAAAGCACAA